AUGGGCAAGUUGUUUGAAAACGGGUGUUCAUUGGAUACGGAAGGCGAUCUGAUGUGCAUGCAGCUAAGCAAAGAUCCUCUCUUUAAUUUACGAACUGAGUAUGGAGUGUUUGUGGCCGAAUUGACUCCAAGUCUGUCGAAAAUGACACCAAAACGACUGAAUGAGAUUGUGAUGACGGCAGUUCAAGAUACAGGACCCAAACUUGAUGUACAGAAAGGAUCGCUGCACCAUUUUUAUCUUCGUCUGGGACACAUAGCUUACGAUACCGUGGAGCGUAUGGCCAAAGACCCUGAUUACGGCAUUGAGCUUACUGAUCACGUGCGUGUAAAUUGUAUCACGUGCGCUGAAGCGAAGAGCACUAGGCCUAGACAGCCCAAGAACGACUCGGGUGCAAACGCACCAACGGAUCGCAUCGGGGGUGUGAUCGGUAGUGAUCUUAAAGGACCGAUCACCCCAAGGGACUGUCGUGGAAACCGAUAG